AUGACACAGCUAUCGCGUUGGCGGAGCGCAAGGUCUCCUGCUCCAGUGGAUUUGACAGGAGCCAACAGUUCAACACAACACCACUUUCAGGAAAAUAGAAGUUAGGUGUCGGACCUGUAACUUGUAGUAGAAGUUAGACAUAUUCACGUUGAGUUAAAACAUACAACUGUUGAAUAACGACAGUAUUGAUACAUGUGUAGGUAGACGGUGAUAAUGUUGGACCCUGCGGGAGGAUGAUGAAGAAGAGAUUGUGGCGAGUUAUGUCAGCGUGCCUACUUGUGUUAUUACUGUGUUGGCACCCCACUAAAUAUGUUAGCUGCACAGAGCAACCCCCAGAGGCUCAGACCCAGAGUCUGAAGGAAGAUCCUGGCGACAGGUCCCAUCACAAGGGUGUUGUUCAGUUAGAGGAUGGCUGGGGGUCACAGUAUCUCCAGCACCUAUCUGAAGAGGAGGUGCUGCCAGAGGGAGAGGCGGUGGAGACACAGCAGCGGGGCCUAGCAGAGGAGGAGGGGGCGGGGACUCCAAGCACUGAGGUGGAGAACAAGGAGCAUGUUCAGACGUUGGACCUGGAGGAUUCUGAGAAGGAGCCAGAGACAGCAGAACCAGAGGCCGAGCCAGAGACAGCAGAACCAGAGGCCGAGCCAGAGACAGCAGAACCAGAGGCCGAGCCAGAGACAGCAGAACCAGAGGCCGAGCCAGAGACAGCAGAACCAGAGACAGCAGAACCAGAGACAGCAGAACCAGAGACAGCAGAACCAGAGACAGCAGAACCAGAGACAGCAGAACCAGAGGCCGAGCAGCCACCUCCAGAGCCCGUUGUCACCCAAGAGCUGCAGCCAACACCCACCUCUGACCUAUUCCCUCUAUCCUCUGCCCUCAACCCCGUCACUGAAGACCCCUCCAUGCCCCAUGGCUCAUCCUCUAGUGUACCAGAGGAUACUUUGUCUGAUGUCCUUGUACCGGAAUUCAGCGAUACUGAUCUUGCCACAGACGACUGUGAAGCUGGAGAAACCAACCCCUUUGAUGAAUCCUGGACCUGCCUGAGUAGCGGCUCCAACAUCCAGGACCAGAGUCCCAGUCUUCCUGUUGUCCUGGAGAAACUUAACAACGCUCAAGGAAAAGGCACCAAGACCGACAACACCUCCCACAUGCUGAAAGAACGGGGCUUGAGCUCACACAUCGCCACGGAGAAGGAUCCUAAUGUGGCAACCAAGGAUGCGGAGGACAUCCCCACCUUUGACGAGUGGAAGAAGAAAAUUAUGGAGAAGGAGAACACUCUGGCCACUCACAUCUCCACCAAUGGCGGCUCCCACGCUGUAAAGAAGGUGCAGAAGAACUUCAACAACUAUGCCUCAGUGGAGUGUGGCGCCAAGAUCCUGGGUUCUAACCCAGAGGCUAAGAGUACUUCAGCCAUAUUAAUGGAGAGCAUGGAUCAUUACAUGUUGAACCCCUGCAGCAACAAGAUCUGGUUCAUCAUCGAGCUGUGCGAUCCCAUCCAGGUGAAGCAGUUGGACAUUGCUAACUUUGAGCUCUUCUCCUCCACACCCAAAGACUUCCUGGUCUCCAUCAGUGACAGGUACCCGACCAACAAGUGGGUGAAGCUGGGCACUUUUCAUGCUCGGGAGGAGCGCACUGUUCAGAGUUUCCCUCUGGACGAGCACCUGUACGCCAAAUAUGUCAAGAUGUUCACCAAGUACAUAAAGGUGGAGCUGGUCUCUCACCAUGGAUCUGAACACUUCUGCCCCCUUAGUCUCAUAAGGGUUUUUGGAACGAGUAUGGUGGAGGAGUAUGAGGAGAUCGCUGACCCCCUGGACAGACUAGAUGACCAGGAUGACGACCUCGAUUAUCCUCCUGGAUACGUUCCUGCAGAGGACAAGGCUUCAAAUGACCUCAUAGGAUCAGCCAAGGACGUCAUUCUGAACAUGGUGAACAACAUUAAAGUCAACGUGCUGGGGGGAGGACCAGGUGAAGGGAACUUCUCAGGCCAGACAGUGAACCUGACUGUCGUUACAUCAUCUGACCCUGACACCACCACCAGCCCAGUGCCUGACGCUGUAGAGGUGGAGCAGCCUGAAGUACUAGAGGACCCUGAUGUCACUACCACAGAGGAACCCAAACCAGAGCAUGUAACUGAAGAGGAGCAGGUAGUCUCUCCUAUAGAGGAGGAGGAGGAGGUCCAGUCUAUAGUCACCAUGCUGGAGGAGGAAGAGGAUGGGAGGGAGAAAGAGGAGCACCGUUGCCCUGGCCAUCGACAGCAAGAAAGCCUUGACUACUGUGGCCCAUCUUCCUCCUCUUCUUGCUCCUGCUCAGCCUCCCUCCAGGAGUACCUCGUUCACCAGUGUUCUUUUCAGAGGAACUAUACCAGCCAGGAGAGGAAACCAGAGGCUACUCCAGCUCCAGUCACCCCCACCACCCCGUCACAGCAGCUGCCCAUCUCCCCCACGCCCACCCAGACACCCCAGCAUUCACACACUCAGGGGGAACAACCCCAGGAGAGAGAGCCCAGCUCUGCCCAUGGGGAGAGAGAAGCCAGGCCCACUGACACUCCACCACACCUUCCAUGGGUUGAGACUGACGCAGUGGAAGAGGUAGAGCCCAGUAUGGAACUGCCCCACCUAGAGCCCAGCCAGACCUCCACCCUGCCCAGACCCAGCUCCACCGACACCUCCAGCAAUGCCGCCAGGCCCACACCUGCCGUGGCGCCUCCACUCCACACCUUAUCCAAAGACCUGCCUGGGCAGAAGCACCCCAUCACUGGGGCAGAGAAAAGCCAGGAGGUGCAGCAGGGGGAGAUCAGGCAGCCUCCCACUGUCGCCACCUCCAGCUCCAGUGGCCCAGUGGAGCAGAGCUGGGGAACCCCUGUAGAGGAGAGGCCCUGUCCUGAAGUCCAGCCUGUAGAACAAGACAACAUCCCGGUCAUCCACCAACCACAUGUGGCUGAUCCACUCCCCCCACCCCUCCUCACUACCUCCACCCCCACAGAGCAGCAGCAGCCUCUGGGAUCCCCACUUAAACCAGCGGGUGCCGGCGGCGGAAACACUACUCCUGAGGAGCAGAACUCUGUCCCCGUCGUGGUCAUGACGGAGCCCCACUCGCAUGGCCAUGGCCAGGCCGUGGCCACGGAAACCAAGGGGAAGGCGGAGCUUGUGGAGGACAUUGUCUUCACCCCGUCGCCCAAUGACAACGGGCAGCAGCUGCCUCGCCCCACCUCCUUCCAGCCCUCCUCUCCUUCCCCUUUAGACUUCUAUGCAGAGCUCCACAAUGCCACGGAGCAGGGGAACGGGAACCCGAUGCACGGCUCCACCAGCCAGAAGGAGUCUGUGUUCAUGAGGCUCAACAACCGCAUCAAGGCCCUGGAGAUGAACAUGUCGCUGAGCGGACGCUACCUAGAGCAACUCAGCCAGAGGUACCGAAGGCAGAUGGAAGAGAUGCAGAGGGCUUUCAACCAAACCAUCAUCAAACUGCAGAACACAUCCAGGAAGGCAGAGGAGCAGGACCAGAGACAGACAGAGUCCAUCCAUUCGUUGCAGGGCCAACUGGAGGACGUCACACAACUGGUGCUCAACCUGUCUGUGAGAGUCAGCCAGCUGCAGAGCCAGGUGACAGACAGGCAGAGUUACCUCCUGCUGUGCCUGGUGUUGUGUUUCAUCCUGGGCCUGCUGCUGUGUUUCCAGCACUGUCGCAUGGCUGCCAUCAUGCAGCCUCCCUCCACAGACCCUCCUAUAACCUACAGCUACUGCUCCCCAGAGAGGCGGUUCUCUGAAUAUGAAGACAUGAGCUUGAAGAGACGAGCCUCAUAUCCUCUCCUGCACUCUGAUUCCUUUCAGUUACCUACCACUGAAGGUGCAGAGUCACUGCAAACUGUUGAACCAAUCAAUUUUCCACCAGCUAAUAAAAAGAAACGCAGUAAGAUGAAGACCGUGGAGACCCUGAAGAGCACUGCUUUCUGUUCUCCUUUGCUUGCUAACCGAGCGCCCAUAUAUAACGACCGUGGCACCAUAGACCCUCUACCCCGCACGGGGCAUCUCCGCCACCCUGCCUUCAGGGACCCCCCCUCUGAGGGCAGCUCCGAGGGCUCCUCCCAGUCAGACGAGCCCUCCUUCUGCGGCCUCGCUGCUGCCACCUGCACGCGCCUCUGUGACGGCCUGCCCCCGCCCAGGAGCAGGGCAGAGAAGCUGGCUUUCAAGCCUGGGCGCGUGGAUCUCCUGCAGGGCCCGCGGAGAGACAGGAGCGAAACGACACCCACCAUCCUUACCCUGCAGGACCUCAUCGGGGGGGAAAAAGAGCUAGCUGCAGGGAGGCUGGGAGUGAUGGCGCUCUGAGGUCCUGUCUGACACAGACUGCUCCUCCUUCAGACUCUGGAACACUCAUCCUCUGAAAGGAGGGUUGUUGUUAUCUCUGUAUACAUAGGAGGCUUUAGGCUAGUACACAAAUGAGACAAUCCCUCUUCUUCCACCUCCUAACCAGCAUGUUCUGUCCAUGUUCUCUGUCAAACCUUUUGUCAGGCUCUUUGUUAUGAGGUUAAUAAUGACAUCCUUAAAAGAUAAGCUAACUUUUUUUAACCAAAUCUGUAUUUUGGAUGUAAAUGGCAUGUUCUAGAAUAAAACAUGGACAAAAGCCUAAAUACGUCAUUUUAGAAACGCAACUUCUGAAAUCAUCUUUCCAAACUUUUAUCUGCAAUGUUAUAUUUAAUUUUGUGCGACUCAAGCAGUUUCCCCUAUCCAUCUGUGCUUAUUUUCCGUGUAGCCCGAGCAUGCGCACCCAGAAAAGUAUCAUGGGCUACACGGAGAAAUAUCGCUCGAGACGCACAAUAUGAAAUAUGUUUCCAAUAAAGUUUGGUGUGACAAAAGGUAAUGUGUACAACAUCUGAAGACCUGCAUCACUAUAGUGAGAGCGUUGCCGUUUCUAAAAGGAUGUAUUUGGGUGAUUUUAGAGCUUUUGUUUUACUUUAUCCCCACCCUGGCACUGCAGAAUGAGCAGGAGGAAGUCUAUCUCUGGUUGGGGUAAGUUUAUCAAAAACAAGUGAAAUCGCAAAAAAAAUAAUGUCUGGGCACUUCUAUAACAUCCCAUUUACAUUCAAAAUACAGAUUUGGUAAAAAAGAAAAGUUCUCCUUUAAAGGUGCACAAUGUAACAAUCAAAACUACAAAUAAUAGCCAAUGUCAAGGAUGGGCUAAAGGAAUACAAUUCCAUGAAAGGAAAAUCUAAGUUAGAAUUUGCUUUUACUAGUGCUAGUACUAGUGCUGGUCAUGUUCAUUUCAUAGAAACAGCAGGUUUUUCCUGUUUCAAGAUUGGUUCUCAUUUUCUGAAGUUGAAAACAAUUUAUUAUAUUAGGGAUAAAUGGGCCCUAUCAAAGCUAUUUGACCACAGUAAAAGUCCAGCAACACCUGCUAUGACCUAGCUUUUUGUUAGAACUUGUUUUGUAAUUUAUGGACGAGUGAGUAGAUUGUACCAUGGUUGGACACAUGAAAUUUCAUGCAAAUGUCACUUAAAUGUAAAUCGUUAAUAUAUUUAUCAUAUGAAUAAAUGCAGGUUGAGACUUUUCUACUUUUACGUUGGGGACUUUUAUUUAGACAUUUCCCCCAAAAUGCUGUGACCUGGAAGUGACAUUCUAAUCUGGGUGACAGACGGAAGCGAGAUGGCCCACUCCCUCAUUUUUUGGGGUUACAUUACAGUCAAUGAACUAAGCAGGCCAGACCCAACUCCUAUUGCAUUGGGGUCUAUUUCUUUUUUUUAUUUUACCUUUAUUUAACUAGGCAAGUCAGUUAAGAACAAAUUCUUAUUUUCAAUGACGGCCUAGGAACAGUGGGUUAACUGCCUGUUCAAGGGCAGAACGACAGAUUUGUACCUUGUCAGCUCGGGGGUAUGAACUUGCAACCUUCCGGUUACUAGUCCAACGCUCUAACCACUAGGCUACCCUGCCGCCCCAAUGGGCGAACAGUUCUCCUAUGGGACAACCACCCUGUUAAGCAGAACGGAUUUAUUUUAAUUUUGUUCAAUUGUAAGCAGCCUGAGUGAACUAUCUUAAUUUAUCCACCAUUUUUGGCUGACAAGAAGCCUGGGAUCACAGGUGUUGUUUACAGAGCUAGCUAGUCUAGUACUGCGCAAAAUAACUUGACUGCAGCUGGGUUUUCUUCAGCCAGCAGGCCGGUAACAUUUCAGUGUGUAGUACCUGGAUGCCACAGUAGAAAUGUGACCAUCGUUUUCCCAAAAAUGAAGAGCUCAGACAUUAGUGGGUGGAUGGACAGGUUGCACCUUUAUUGAACAAAAAUAUAAAUGCAACAUGUAAAGUGUUGGGCCCAUGUUUCAUGAGCUGAAAUAAAAGAUCCCA